CCAGCCAUGUCCUCGCUUGUGAGUAUCAGCAAAAAGCUGUCCGGCCAACGCCAGCACCGUGAAAGAUCCCAGCCAGAAGCCCGCCGAAAGUAUGGAGAACUCGAGAAAAAGAAGGAUUACAAGCUGAGAGCAGAGGAUUAUCAGAAGAAAAGGGAUACUAUCAAAAAGUUGAAGAAAUCGGCAAUGGAUAAGAAUCAGGACGAAUACCAUCAUCAUAUGGUUAACAGUGAAACUUGGGCUGACGGUCGUCAUUUCGAUAAGAAAACUGAAGCAGAAGAGACUGAAACGCAAAUUCAGAAAAAGUUGGGAAGCUUGAAAGAUUUGGAAUAUGUCAAGUUCAAGCUGAAUGAGGAAAAGAAGAAAAUCGACGAAAUGAAAGGAGAACUUCACUUUGCGGAUUCUUCGUUGAACGGCAAAGGAAAUACUCAUACCGUUUUUGUGGACACAGAUUCGGAAGCCAAAAGUUUCGAUCCACGCGUCUACUUUGACACAACCACUUCGAUGCUCUCUCGACAAUUCAAUCGAUUGAAAAAUGAAGAUUUUCAAAAUAAAACUAUUAUUGGAGCUGGUACGAAAGAACAAGUCAGAAAAGCCGAUCGUGUACGUCGUACUCGAUACAACGAGCUCAUCAAACGCGUGGAACGUGCCAAGGAGCUUCAAGUGGUCGUGGACAAGCUGGAAUUGAAGAAACAAUUGGCAGCUGGAAGCAAAUCAGAAUUGAAGCCUCAAAAGGUCAAAAAGGCGAAAGCUAUGCGAGCAGCCGUCUACAAAUGGACCUAUGAACGAAAGAAGUAGUUAAUUUCUUUUUUUUUAAUCCCAUUUUAUUCUGAAUCUUCUUUUUUGUUAAUUUUUGCUGUUGAGUUUACAUUUUAUGCGUUAUUGAAAUUGUUGACUUUAUUGAAACAUUGAAUUUAAA